CGGCCCUGUGGGCGUGAUGUUGCUCUUCUGCCCCGGCUGCGGGAACGGGCUGAUCGUGGAGGAGGGACAGCGUUGCCACCGCUUCGCCUGCAACACUUGUCCCUACGUACACAAUAUCACCCGCAAGGUCACAAACCGGAAGUACCCGAAGCUGAAGGAAGUAGAUGACGUCCUCGGGGGAGCCGCUGCCUGGGAGAACGUGGACUCCACCGCCGAGCCGUGUCCCAAAUGCGAACAUCCCCGUGCUUACUUCAUGCAGCUUCAGACUCGCUCUGCAGACGAGCCAAUGACUACCUUCUACAAGUGCUGCAGUGCCCGGUGCGGACACCGCUGGAGGGAUUAGACGCCUCAGUCUGUGUCAAGAACAGAUGGGCUGUGCAACUGUCUUCUGAAGUAGGGGCCAGUGAGCUGGGAAAGUCCAUCUGACAGUCAGUAAAGGAAGUCAUUAAUGCCCAGAUAGGUGUACAUGGUCAGUGUGCCAGGCUUGAGUGCUGUCUCUGAGCUUUUUUUAUUUUGUUCUGAAUGAGCAUUCUACCUCUUGAGCCACAGCUCCACUUC